AUGUCACCAGUUCCGCCAGGUGCCGUGGGAUUUCCACGGGCCCCUCACGGCCACCCUACGAUAGCCUCACGGAUCCCGGGCGAUUUAUUAAAUGGGUUUGUCAUUCUUCGAGCCCUAACUUCAAAGCGUGCUGCUGAGGUCGCUCAUCACCUGCUUGAUAUAUUCCUUCUCAUUGGUGCCCCAUCUAUUCUCCAGAGCGACGAUGGAAGUGAAUUCACAGCAGAGGUUAUUAGUGAACUGAAAAUUGUGUGGCCCAGGCUGGUUAUGGUCCAUGGUAAACCUCGACACCCUCAAAGUCAGGGGUCUGUGGAAAGGGCAAAUGGUGAUAUCAAGGAUAUGCUUGUUGCAUGGAUGGGAGAUAAUGUCACAAAUGAUUGGUCAGUAGGCAUAAAAUUUGUUCAAUUCCAAAAGAAUUCGAGUUAUCAUUCAGGAAUACAGAGAUCGCCAUAUGCUGCCAUGUUUGGAUGUGAAGCCAAAGCUGGCUUAACAUCGUCGUCUUUGCCAACAGAAGUAGUUGUACGGAUGCAAAGUGAGGAUGAUCUUAUAUCUGCCAUAUCCAAUGUACCAAUCGUCCUAGAACAUACUGCUGCUGAUAUACACGAAUCAGUACCAAGCACCAGUCAGGAACCAGCACCGAGCAGCAGUCAUGAAGUCAUGCCAAACACUAGUUAG